CAGCGUACGGGGUUGCUACGCACCCUCGCCCGCGCGCUGCGUGAUGGCGUCAGGACGCGCGGGCGCCAUCCCGGAAGCGCGAGUAAGGCUGCCAGAUGUGCAGGCAGCGGAGGAGGAGCAGGAAGAGAUGGACACCCCAGACUCUGCCUCAAGGGUCUUCUGCAGCCGAAUCCUGAGCAUGGUGAAUGUGGAUGACGUGAACGCCAUCAUCAUGGCCCAGAAGAACAUGCUGGACCGCUUCGAGAAGACCAACGAGAUGCUGCUGAACUUCAAUAGCCUGUCCAGCGCCCGCCUGCAGCAGAUGAGCGAGCGCUUCGUGCACCACACUCGGACGCUGGUGGAGAUGAAGCGGGACCUGGACAGCGUCUUUCGCAGGAUCAGGACGCUGAAAGGGAAGCUGGCCAGGCAGCACCCAGAGGCCUUCAGCCUCCCCUCCCCAGACCUCCCUGAGGCCUUGUUCCUGGAGGAUGACGAUGAAGACCCCAUUCCACCCAGCAUCACCACCACUAUUGCCACCUCUGAGCAGAGCACAGGCUCAUGCGACACCAGCCCGGACACCGUCUCGCCCUCCCUCAGCCCUGGCUUCGAGGACCUAUCCCACAUCCAAUGUGGCUCCCCUACUGUCAAUGGCCACAGCCUGACAGACACGGAGGAGACGCCAGGAGAAUAGCCCACCCUGUGCCCCUGCGGCCCGGGGUGUUCUAGGUGUCUCAUUCCCACCCUCCUCCAGACUACAGUACUUGCGCAGGACCUGGGCCACCCCGGGCCACACCCAGGUCUUCAGAGUCGGUCCCUGGGCAUUCUCUGAACCGUGCUGAAAAUGUCUCUAGAGAGCAGACCUAUAGGUCCCCGUUCUGGCCGGGAAAUCCUGGAGGUGGAUGUGCAGUGUCACACCUGAGUUUGACCGGGCCACCCCUGUGCCCCGCUGCUAAUUCUGGUUUCCCCGCUCCUCUGUAAGAGUUCGGAACCCUUUCUCCAGCUGUUUGGCCUGAGUGGUCUGAGCUGGGCACGAGGCGGGAGACAGCCUGCCGUACAGCCCUGGGCCCAGCCUGGCUAGGUAGGAGUUUCUGACCAGAAGAAGGGCCCUGUGGCCUGGCAGGUAUUACCCGGGUCCUCCUUAACCACUGAGGAAAACAGUUUAAUGGAAUAUUUUUGUAGCCAAUGUUUACAGAUGAUGUUGGGAAGUUAUAAAUAAAAGACUGUCAGUAAGACAGAAC